AUGUGAUCAGGCAAUGAGUCUCCGAUUAGCGUCUCUGUAUUUACUCAAUGUCGCCAAGAAGAAGGGAUCCGCGAAGUUUGGAAGGAUCUUGUUUUAACCCGGUCCACACCAUUGCACGUCAGACCUUUGUGGCUGACGGAACUUGUGGUGUUAGUGGUGUGUGCAGCGCAUCGGCAGACACAGGCUGUACUGAUAGUGAAUCACAUUCUCGACAAGCCAAUUAGCCAGUUGAGCAAUUGCAAUCACUGUGCCAGAGAAAUGCAUGCUGUCGGACUAACUAGAAUUGUAGAGAACCAUGUUCAGACACACAAAUCAUACUCACCAUUUCUCACUGAGGCUCAGCACUCCUACCUUCUUGCUCGCUCUUUCUUUGUCUCUGGUCCUUUCAGAUAUUCUAGCACUCGAUCCCACGCACACACCAAGGCACCGCCUCGUGAUCCAUGCCUUGGCUUUCUGGCAUUCUUGCUCGAGCCGAGACAGGUCAGCAUGGCUUGUGACAACGGUUUCACGCAGGAACAGCUGGAAUUGAUUGACCAGAAGUUUCCGGAUUUUAGGGAUAACAAAACUCUAGACUGUAGCGACUUGAAGGAUGCUCUGCAGGUGUUGGGAGCUCCGUUGCCCGGAUACGAGGUGCGCAAAUUGCUCGAGACGAAGAAAGGCAGACUCACCGAGCAUGAGUUGCUGGCGAUGUAUACCAAAGCGAUGAACAUGACGGACAAGUCGAUCCGGAAGGAUCUAGUUCUCAAGAUGGCGCAGGAGGUGCUGGUGAGCAAUGGUUUAAAUUAUCCCUUAGAUAAGACACCUCAUUAG